UAUGCAGCGUGUAUGUAUACGCUUCAAAAUGAAUCCCCAAUAUAUGCAGCAGCAACAACAAACACCUCAAUAUGGACCUCCACCUUCUAAUGCACCAUACGGCGAACCCAAUGCAAAUGUAUCUCUCAAACAACCAUUUGGACCACCACCAAUGAAUAAUCCUUCCAAUUCAUUUUCACCCCCGUACUAUGUGAAUGAUGUCAGAAGACAGCCAACAGAUACCCAAAGAGCAUCGCCAAUGUCACCCUCUAAUCAAAAUAAUAUAAUUGACCAAAUGUCUUCUAUGAAUUUGUCUGGUCAUAGAUCUCCUUCACAAGAUUUUUCUACGUUAUCAGGAAAAAAUACACCAACAAUCAAUUCGCCAUCCACAACAAAUGGAAUUAACCAAAACCACCAUGUUCAAGGAGAUUUAGGUAUUAACAACAUGUCAGUUAAUAAAUCUGCUUCACCACAAAAGCUGUUACCUCAACAGUUACCUCCUGUGUCAAAUGCUUCCAAUCAAUUACCUCCUCGUGUGAAUGCAGCUGGACCUGCAUUUUCUCUACCAACUUCUGGUCACUCUCCUUCAUAUGGCAAUCUUCCAGACAACACAGUGGCAAAUCAAAUCCAUAGACCACCACAAAUGAAUCCGCCACCUCAAAGCAAUCCUUAUUACCAAGUUCCAAGCUCUGAUAAAUAUGGGGCCACUCAAUCUAAUCAAGCAAAUCUGACUGGUCCACCUCUUGCAGGAAAACCUCCUGAUAUGUCUCAAAGACCCUCUUCUGUAAAUCAAUCUUUAGUAAACCAAAUUCCAUCAAAUUUGCCCCAAGGAUCUCCUUCAAAUAGGCCGCUGACAUCACCUACAUCAAGUAAUCCUCUUUCUCCUAUGUCAAACCAACAAUUUAUGGCUACACAAACUUCACAAGUUACUUCGCCAACAAUGAGUCAGCAACAUUUUUCAAGACCUCCUCUUGCAUCUCAAAACAGUAUGUCAGGAUCCCCUGUAUCAGGACAGCAGCUGUCUAGCCCCUAUGGGCAACAAAUGCCUUCUGGACCUAUGCCAGUGUCUGGACAACAACCUGUACAUUCUCCACAAAAUUUAUACAAUAGUCAACCUGAUCAACGUAGAUAUACACAAAAUGCUUAUCAACCAGGUCAAAUGAAUUAUCAAAAUAAUGACUAUUACCAAGGACAUCCCCAGCAGCAACCUCAGUAUGCACCAAAUCAGAACAUGUAUGCGAAUCAAGCAAGUCCUUAUCAAACGGGAAUGUCAAGUCCUACUGGUAAUUAUGCACAGAGUGCUCAAGCUCAACGAAGACUUGAUCCUGAACAAAUGCCUAGUCCUAUACAAGUUAUCCAAGAGGAUCAAAGAACUAAAGGUGGAGUAUUUGCAACCAAUCAAAAAGGUCUGGUUCCACCUCUAGUCACCACAAAGUUUAUUGUUGAAGAUCAAGGAAAUGCUUCACCUAGAUUUAUAAGAUCCUCUGUAUAUAAUGUGCCCGCAACUGCAGAUAUGGUCAAACAAACACAAAUUCCUUUUUCACUCAUAUUGAGUCCAAUGGCUCAAAUCGAAGAAGGUGAAUUUGAGCCUCCUAUUGUUGAUAUGGGUGAACUAGGUCCAGUUCGUUGCAAUCGGUGCAAAGCAUAUAUGAGCCCCUUCAUGCAAUUCAUCGAUGCUGGUAGAAGAUUUCAAUGUCUACUGUGCAGAGCUACGACUGAAGUGCCUGCGGAAUACUUUGCGCACUUGGAUCACACUGGUCAAAGAAUGGAUCGCUUCGAACGGCCCGAAUUGAUGUUAGGAACCUAUGAGUUUAUCGCAACAAAAGAUUAUUGUAGAAAUAAUACGUUUCCGAAACCACCCGCAAUAGUAUUUAUUAUUGAUGUGUCUUAUAAUACUGUUAAAUCUGGUUUAGUCAAUUUACUAUGCUCUGAAAUGAAAAAAAUUAUUCAAAACUUGCCAGUUGAUGUUGGGCAAACUAAAUCAAAUGUGAAAGUUGGAUUCAUCACAUACAACAACACUGUUCAAUUUUAUAAUCUUAGUCCGAACCUUGCACAACCUCAAAUGAUGAUAGUUGGAGAUGUUCACGAAGUUUUUAUGCCACUUUUGGAUGGAUUUCUUUGUGAUCCAAUAGAGAGCGAAACACUUAUUGAUAAUCUCAUGACGCAGAUUCCACUGAUGUUCGGUGGUACCCGAGAAACGGAAACUAUUCUCGCGCCAGCUAUUCAAGCUGGGUUAGAAGCUUUAAAAGCGUCAGGCACAACGGGAAAACUCAUGGUAUUCCACUCUUCUUUGCCUAUUGCGGAUGCUCCGGGUAAACUUAAAAAUCGAGAUGACCGAAAGCUUCUUGGAACAGACAACGAAAAGUCUGUUUUAGCGCCUCAAACGACGUUUUAUAAUAAUCUUGGACAAGACUGUGUUGGAUCAGGAUGUAGUGUAGACCUUUUUGUUUUUAACAAUUCGUAUAUUGAUGUAGCGACAAUAGGACAAGUUUGCAGACUCACUGGUGGAGAUUUAUACAAAUACACAUAUUUCCAAGCUGAUGAUGACGGAGAGAGACUGAUUACUGAUAUUAUCAAUAAUAUAAGUAGACCCGUGGCAUUUGAUGCUGUAAUGCGCGUUCGAACUUCUACGGGAAUUCGACCAACUGAAUUUUAUGGUCAUCUGUACAUGUCCAACACAACCGACAUAGAAUUAGCUAGCAUUGAUUGUGACAAGGCCAUAGCUGUUGAAAUAAAACAUGACGACAAAAUAGCGGAAGACGAUACUGUUUGUAUUCAAGCGGCAUUACUUUAUACAUCUUGUAGUGGAGUAAGAAGAUUGCGCAUCAUUAAUUUGAGUUUGAAAGCUACAAAUCAGAUGGGAGAAAUUUUCCGUGCUUGCGAUUUAGAUGCGAUCAUUAAUUUCCUCUCCAAACAGACUGUUUUCAAGUUAGUAGACUCCACUCCAAAGGUCGUAAAAGAGGCCUUGAACGCAAGAUGCGCUGCCAUAUUAGCCUCCUAUAGAAAGCAGUGUGCUUCACCUUCGAGUUCUGGACAGCUCAUACUUCCUGAAUGCAUGAAAGUACUGCCAGUAUACAUUAAUGGAUUACUGAAAAGUGAUGCUUUAGCAGGAGCGGCGGGAGGAAUUACUAUCGAUCAAAAGUCGUACGUUAUGAUGGCAAUUGCAACGAUGCCAAUUAGUGAAUCUCUCGUUCACGUCUAUCCAAGGUUAUUCGCAAUUCAUGAAGUCUCGCCUCAGGAUAAUGAACUGCCUCCUAUGUUACGAUGCUCGAUGGAUAAAUAUACCGAUGAUGGCGCAUACUUACUUGAAAAUGGAAUAUACAUGUUUUUAUGGCUUGGUGGAAAUUUAAGUCCACAGUGGUUAAAAUUAGUUUUUGGAGUAUCAUCCGUAACUCAGGUCAAUACAGAUAAAAGUUAUAUUCCCGUCUUAGACAAUGAUUUAAAUAGAAAAAUAAGAGAUAUUGUUGCGUACAUUGGAAGCGAAAGACGUUAUUGCAUGAAAUUAGCAAUUACGAGGCAAAGAGACAAAAUGGAACAAGUAAUGCGUCAAUUCUUAGUCGAAGACAGAGGUGCCGACGGCAGCCCCAGCUACGUGGACUUUUUGUGCCAGUUGCAUAGGGAAAUAAGAACACUUCUUAGCUAGUAAAAAUUUUAGUUAAGCAAUGCUUAAAAUUGACGACAAGAAAACAAUUUCUUUUUCAGUAGGGUAUGAAUGUGGUACGCAAUUUUUGAGAAUAAAUGCACGCAAAAUAAUGAAUAUUUUAUCGUGGGUAUGGGGUAAAUAAGAACAACUAAUUGUGUAUAUUUGAAACUUUGAACAAAGUUGAAUGAUCGUUUUGUGUAAUGUGUCAAUUGUUAACAAUUAUGUAUCGUAUAGUGCUUUGAAUGACGCAUUGAUAUGUAUGGAUAAAAAAGCAUUAUAAAUUUAUAUACAUAUAACUGCUAAGUCAAAAUUAUGAAUCAAUUUAAAGACAGUUAUAUUUGACGACAUUUCGUUUAAUAAAUGAUAAAUCCUAACAAUAUUAUUUCUGUAUUGUAGAAAAAUGUAAAUGAAUAUUAAAUUCGCAGCAGCUGGAGGAAGGAUAUCAA